AUGCGUAAAAAACAGGCCACUACUGGAGGCAUCGUGGAUGAAGUGCUUAUUUCUCGCUUACCUUUAAUCUUCCCUGGCUGGCCUGAUUCUCCUUCUGCCUCACCUACUGGAGUGAAUACCGCCUUUAUGGAACGCAAUUCCAAGUCCUAUGAGCAUCUUUUUAGAGGUGAGCAUUUAUCUGUAAGAAAUAUAAUUUUACAUGAAUAA